AUGUACCGUUUCCAGAGUGCCCAAAAACGAACCGGUGUCGUAUGCGUGAACUGUAACACGAACACAACGACCCUGUGGAGGCGAAACGGUGGCGGUGAACCGGUUUGUAACGCCUGCGGACUCUACUAUAAACUGCAUCAGACCGAAGAUCCGAACACGUGGGGCAGUAUGAAGACGGCGCCGAUGUACGACAUGAAGCUGAUGCCGACGCCCUACUUCCCUGGUCAAUCAGCCUACUCAACAGGACUCUUCUUUCAGCAAUAG